GAUUUUAAUCGAUCAGUUCGCCAUCCCUAGUUUUCUCUGGUCUGGUUCUCUGAAUCUCUGGUUUUCUUUCUCUUUAGAUUCAACAACUUUUGGAAAAUCAAUAAUUAAGUGAACCAUGUAUUAAUAUCUGUGGAGUGAACUUUAUUAAGGGCGGUGAUACUGAGAAUAUGUGAAACUAAUUCGGUAAUGUUAUUUGUAAUUAAUUUUGUUUUAUUGAGUACAAGUGUUUGUCACAGUGAGCGGUAAAAUCAUCAACAUGCAUCGUCGUGGCGGGAAACGUAUUCGGAUGGAUGAUCCGCCACCCGAAUAUGCAAACCCCAUGACACCAGCGACUCCCAUGACGGACUACGGCGGCCAGUCUGUCCAUGAGCCCGAGCCGCCUAAUUAUUCGUUCAAUGUUGCCCCGGCCGCGAAUUCUACAGCCAUCGAACCGCCAAGGGAUGACGCGGAGGAAUCUCAUCAUUCAGCAGAAGAAGGGGCGAGGUCGCCUUCACCGGCACCUACCAAGCGAAUCACUCGCAGUCGCGGGCGCGGUGGUGAUGGCGGCUACGUGGGACGACUGGCGGAGUCCCCGCCGCCGCCGCCUCCUACGAGACGACGCGGCCGCGGGGGCCGGGGUCGCGGUCGUGGCCGAGGUGCUGCGCCACCACCGGCUUACUCGCCACCACCGGUAUUGUUGCCCGGUGAUGAUGAAAACAGCCUCUACAACAUUUUGCGAUUUAACAAGACUGCUAUCAAUCAAGUGGUAGACAUGUGGAUAGAGGAGUACAAGAGCAACCGCGAGAGCGCCCUGGUGCAGCUGAUGCAGUUCUUCAUCAACUCGUCCGGCUGCCGCGGGAAGGUCACCCCGGACAUGGCGCAGAUGGACCACACGCUCAUCAUCAAGAAGAUGACCCAGGAGUUUGAUGAGGAAAGUGGAGAGUACCCCCUGAUAAUGUCAGGGCAGACGUGGAAGAAGUUCCGCAGCAAUUUCUGCGAGUUCAUCCAGACGCUGGUGAAGAUGUGCCAGUACUCCAUCAUCUACGACCAGUACCUCAUGGACAACAUCAUCUCGCUGCUCACCGGGCUGUCUGACUCGCAAGUCAGAGCAUUCAGGCACACUGCCACUUUGGCUGUGAUGAAACUUAUGACGGCCCUAGUAGACGUGGCGCUCCUCACGAGCGUGAACUGCGACAACUGCCUGCGACAGUACGAGGCUGAACGUCUGAAGGCCCGGGACAAACGAGCCAGCGAGAGGCUGGAGGUCCUCGUGGCCAAGCGGCAGGAGUUGGAAGAGAAUAUGGAGGAGAUCAAGAACAUGCUCUCGUACAUGUUCAAGUCUGUCUUCGUGCAUAGAUACAGGGACACAUUGCCGGACAUCCGGGCCAUCACGAUGGCAGAGAUCGGCAUCUGGAUGGAGAAGUUCCCAGCGCACUUCCUCGACGACUUGUAUCUCAAAUAUAUUGGAUGGACUUUGCAUGACAAGGUGGGCGAGGUGCGGCUGCGCUGCCUGCAGGCGCUGCAGCCGCUGUACGAGUGCGAGGAGCUGAAGGGCAAGCUGGAGCUGUUCACGUCCAAGUUCAAGGACCGCAUCGUGGCCAUGUCGCUGGACCGCGAGCCCGACGUGGCCGUGCACGCCGUGCGGCUCGUCAUCGCCAUCCUCAAGAUGCACCCGGACGUGCUCACAGACAAGGACUGUGAGAACGUGUACGAGCUGGUGUACUCGUCGUGCCGCGCGGUGGCGGCCGCCGCCGGCGAGUUCCUCAACGUGAGGCUGUUCCGAGCUGAUGAAAAUGCGGUCGUCACCAGGUCCAGGCGGGGCAAGCAGAGGCCGCCCAACACGCCGCUCAUCAGGGACCUCGUGCAGUUCUUCAUCGAGUCUGAGCUCCACGAGCACGGCGCCUACCUGGUGGACUCGCUGAUCGAGUCCAACCCCAUGAUGAAGGACUGGGAGUGCAUGACGGACCUGCUGCUGGAGGAGGCGGGGCCCGGCGAGGACGCGCUGGACAACCGGCAGGAGUCCUCGCUCAUAGAGCUCAUGGUGUGCUGCGUCAGGCAGGCCAGCACGGGCGAGCCGCCGGUGGGCCGCGCGCCGCGCAAGCCGCUGGCCGUCAGCAAGGAGCAGGCCAAGAUGGUGAGCGAGGACCGGCACAAGAUGACGACGCACUUCAUCCCCACGCUGCCGGCGCUGCUGGACAAGUUCGGCGCCGACCCCGAGAAGCUGGCCAACCUGGCGGCCAUCCCGCAGUACUUCGAGCUGGAGCUGUACGUGGCGCUGCGCCAGGAGGGGAACCUGACGCUGCUGCUGAACAAGCUGCGCGACAUGGUGAGCGUGCAGACGGAGGCGGAGGUGGUGGAGACGGUCGGGCGCACGCUGGAGACGCUGUGCGCCGAGCAGUCGGCCGUGUUCUCGCGCUGCAACGUGGCGCGCGCCACCGUCUCCGACAUGUGCGCCAACCGCUACAAGGAGGCCAUGGACGACUUCCGCUCGCUGCUCGAGGGCGGCGAGACGCCCGACGCCGACGAGCUCUUCAACGUCAUCAACUCGCUGCGGAAGGUGUCCAUUAUGUACAUGUGUCACAACCUGAACGACACCAACAUCUGGGACUCGCUGUACGAGGACCUGCCCAAGUGUAUCAAAGGCGAGGAGGGGGCUCCGGAACAGGCGAUGCCGGGCGCGGCGCUGGUGUUCGUGGUGCGCGCGUGCUUCUACUCGCUGCUGUGGGCGCUGCACGAGCUGGAGCACAAGCCGGCCGCCGGCGCCGACGCCGUGAUGCAGCUCAGCGAGCGGCUGCGCGGCUACUGCGAGUGGUGCCGGAGAAUCGUGCGGUCGGGCAGCAGCGCGGCGCUGCGCGCGGAGGCGUACACGUCGCUGUGCGACCUGCUGCUGGUGUUCGCGGAGCGCCUGGCGCACGCCGCGCCCGCGCUGCGCCCGCUCGUGCUGGAGCCCGACGCCGCGCUCUGCGACAUGCUCAACGACUUCAUCCAGGAGUUCGUCUUCGUGCACCACAACUACGACGGUCAAGACGAGCGCCGCAUCGAGGAGCUGCACAAGCGGCGCAACUUCCUGGCGGCCUACUGCAAGCUCAUCGUGUACAACGUGGCGCCCAUCCGCCGCGCCGCCGACGUCUUCAAGCAUUACAUCAAGUGCUACAACGACUACGGCGACAUAAUCAAGUCGACGCUGAGCAAGGCGCGCGAGAUCAACAAGCUGCAGUGCGCGCUGAGCAUGCAGCUGGCCAUGCAGGCGCUGUUCCAGCAGCUGGCCGGCGGCGCGCACCGCCUGCGCUCGCUGCCCGACUUCCACGAGCUGAAGGAGCUGGCCAAGCGCUUCUCCGUGAUGUUCGGCCUCGACGCGGUGAAGAACCGGGAGGCGCUCACAGCGCUGCACCGCGCCGGCAUCGUGUUCGCGGCGCUGGAGUCCUCGCCGCUGGGCCCGCCGCAGAACCUGCUGUUCCUGGAGCCGCUCGCAGAGUUCUCCAACAAGCUGCUCAGGCAGGAUAAACGGCAAGUGCUCAAGUUCCUGGACGCGCGCAUCUCGUACAGCAUGAGCUGGGGCGAGCUGGGCGCGCCGCUCACGGCCUACCGCAACUCGCUGCUCACCGAGCACAGCGACGACCGCCCGCCGCCGCGCAGGCACUACACACGGCGCCGUCAGUAUACACAUACAUUAUAUACAUCUCGUACAGCAUGAGCUGGGGCGAGCUGGGCGCGCCGCUCACGGCCUACCGCAACUCGCUGCUCACCGAGCACAGCGACGACCGCCCGCCGCCGCGCAGGCACUACACACGGCGCCGUCAGUAUACACAUACAUUAUAUACAUCUCGUACAGCAUGAGCUGGGGCGAGCUGGGCGCGCCGCUCACGGCCUACCGCAACUCGCUGCUCACCGAGCACAGCGACGACCGCCCGCCGCCGCGCAGGCACUACACACGGCGCCGUCAGUAUACACAUACAUUAUAUACAUCUCGUACAGCAUGAGCUGGGGCGAGCUGGGCGCGCCGCUCACGGCCUACCGCAACUCGCUGCUCACCGAGCACAGCGACGACCGCCCGCCGCCGCGCAGGCACUACACACGGCGCCGUCAGUAUACACAUACAUUAUAUACAUCUCGUACAGCAUGAGCUGGGGCGAGCUGGGCGCGCCGCUCACGGCCUACCGCAACUCGCUGCUCACCGAGCACAGCGACGACCGCCCGCCGCCGCGCAGGCACUACACACGGCGCCGUCAGUAUACACAUACAUUAUAUACAUCUCGUACAGCAUGAGCUGGGGCGAGCUGGGCGCGCCGCUCACGGCCUACCGCAACUCGCUGCUCACCGAGCACAGCGACGACCGCCCGCCGCCGCGCAGGCACUACACACGGCGCCGUCAGUAUACACAUACAUUAUAUACAUCUCGUACAGCAUGAGCUGGGGCGAGCUGGGCGCGCCGCUCACGGCCUACCGCAACUCGCUGCUCACCGAGCACAGCGACGACCGCCCGCCGCCGCGCAGGCACUACACACGGCGCCGUCAGUAUACACAUACAUUAUAUACAUCUCGUACAGCAUGAGCUGGGGCGAGCUGGGCGCGCCGCUCACGGCCUACCGCAACUCGCUGCUCACCGAGCACAGCGACGACCGCCCGCCGCCGCGCAGGCACUACACACGGCGCCGUCAGUAUACACAUACAUUAUAUACAUCUCGUACAGCAUGAGCUGGGGCGAGCUGGGCGCGCCGCUCACGGCCUACCGCAACUCGCUGCUCACCGAGCACAGCGACGACCGCCCGCCGCCGCGCAGGCACUACACACGGCGCCGUCAGUAUACACAUACAUUAUAUACAUCUCGUACAGCAUGAGCUGGGGCGAGCUGGGCGCGCCGCUCACGGCCUACCGCAACUCGCUGCUCACCGAGCACAGCGACGACCGCCCGCCGCCGCGCAGGCACUACACACGGCGCCGUCAGUAUACACAUACAUUAUAUACAUCUCGUACAGCAUGAGCUGGGGCGAGCUGGGCGCGCCGCUCACGGCCUACCGCAACUCGCUGCUCACCGAGCACAGCGACGACCGCCCGCCGCCGCGCAGGCACUACACACGGCGCCGUCAGUAUACACAUACAUUAUAUACAUCUCGUACAGCAUGAGCUGGGGCGAGCUGGGCGCGCCGCUCACGGCCUACCGCAACUCGCUGCUCACCGAGCACAGCGACGACCGCCCGCCGCCGCGCAGGCACUACACACGGCGCCGCGCGGGCGCCGCCGACGAGGACGAGGCGGAGGAGGCCGGCGACUCCGACCAGGAGCCGCCGGGGUGAGCGCAGCGCCACAGUACAGGGGGGGGUCACAGUACCGCAGACAUAGAUCGAGCUAUAGUCACUAUUGGAAUUAUAGAUAGCGCCAUACCUAUACUAAUAUUCUCUUCUUCAGCAAAUAUUCGCCCCCUGCUGGGCAUAUGCCUCUCCGAUAUCUUUCCACCUAGCUCUAUCAAAGGUUUUCUGGUCUAUGUUAUCCCGGCAGGGUUUUUUUAAUGUCGUCGGACCAGCUGAUUAAUGGUCUGCCAGUAUUCCUCUUUCUAGCUCUUAGUUGCCAUUCCAGGACGGAUUUGCUGCAUCGCCCGUCUCCACGUCUACACACAUACUAAUAUUAUAAAGACGUAAAGUUUGUAACUUUGAUUGUUUGCACUGCCUAAUCUUUUUAAAUACUGAAUCGACCCUUGUUAAAGAGAUACAUUAUCUUCGGGUGUUUUAUGCUAUGUACCACGGGUGAAGCCAUGGUGGGCCGUUAGUGUUCAAUAAUCAAAUGUGUCAAGUUUCUUGCUUGCUAUGAAGUCAGGUCCAUUGAUCACCGUUUUGCCACGCGAGGUCUAUGUCUGUGUACUGUGCCAUUAGUACGAGUAGAAGUAAAGGAGUAAGGCGGGGAGUCUGUAGUUGUAUUGUAGUGUAUGCUCUCGGUAUCUACAGUCAAUUGUCUACCAGAAUAUUACUCUGAUGUAUUUAUGUACACACAUCCUAAACAUAUUAACAAUAUAUAAAAACCACACUAAAGUUCAGUAUUAAUAUUGUGAUCUGUUUGGCUUGGAAAUAAUAGUAAAAUUAAAAAUCUUUAUAAUAUCAUUUCACGUAUUUACAAUUACGUUAGUUGCUCCCUAUACGAAGCCGACCAGCCCGCCUUCAGCCAGGAACAAGGAAAACGUAAAAUAACAUUGAAUCGUAUUGACUCCCGUGUGAAUGAUCCCGACAGGAAAUAUUAUGAAAGAAUCCGCUUAUUGUUAUACAAUUAAUAAAUUCCCUCACAAUUAUUUUAUUAUUUACCGUAGGUUUAUCAAUUGUAGUUAUGUAGUUAUAGCGUAAAUAGUUAGUUUUAAUAUUUGACAAUAUCGACAUAAGGUGACGGUCGCAUUUUAUAUUCUCUUGUUAAUUUUAAGAUCAUUGACUUUUUAAUUUUUAAUUGACCGCCACCUUUUGCGACGUAAUGGUGUUAUAUUGUUUUGACGGAAUAUUUGUAGUUUGAUACGACAUAUAUUUUUGAUAAUAAAUGAUAUUUACAUA